CAACAUCCCUCCAGAUCGGCAACUCGUCGGUGGCCUCUAGGAGCGUCUCAGCAAGACAGAAUAGGUCGGUCUAGCCAAUACAUCUUGACUAAGCAAUAUGGUCUUCAUCGAAACGGUAAAAGCGCGUGCGAGAUCCUAUGAUGUCGUGUGGCUGGACCAUCGAUCUCGAUCUCGAAGCUAUUGAUCGAGCAGCAUAAGUACGACUCACUCCCUACACACGCACGUUCACUAUCAAUGCUCUACCGCAGGCUCUUCCCGCGAGCUUUAAGCACACUACACAUCGCAGCAUCGCGAAACUUGGCAACAAAAAUGGCCGUCCCUCCACAGAACUUCACUCUCGAUCCCAAGAUCUUCAAUCCAACCCUCUAUACACACCUCCGCGACUUCUGGUUCCAAGGCCUCCCUCCAGACUCAAAGUGCCCCAACGAAGAAACAAACCGCCGCUGGUGGGGCGUCGGACGAAGCGAAACCGAAGCAAAAGAAAUCGACAGCGCCUGCCAUUCCAACUACGCCCACGCCUUAGAAAGCAUUUCACCCGCCCACCUCUCCCUCCCACCCGACGCAGACCCGCAAAAACUCGCCUCACCAUUCCUCCCCGAACUCCAAACCCACGAAACCGAGAAAGAAGCCGCAGAUACUUUCCUAUCCCUCAUCCUCCUCCUCGACCAAAUCCCCCGAAACAUCUACCGCACACCCCCAAAUCUCUCCUUAGUCUACACCCACUACGACCGUCUCGCCCUAUCCCUCCGCUUGCACGCCCCUCCAAACCUCCUCAACCACCCCUACUACAAAAACCGACCAGUCUACAACCAAUGGCUCAACAUGCCACUCAUGCAUUCCGAAAAUCUCGCGGAUCAAAAACAAGUCCUAUCUCACAUCACCCGAGAUCUGGAAAUUGCGAAAGAAGAGGAUGAUGGAGAGGGGAUUCGGGCUUUGGAAAUGAGUGUGGGGCCUGCGAGGAAACAUUGGGAAAUUGUGGAGAGGUUCGGAAGGUUUCCGCACAGGAACGAGUGUUUGGGACGAGAGAGUUCGGAGGAGGAAAGGGUGUGGUUGGGGACGGGGGAGACGUUUGGAGUGAGACAUAAAGGGCAGGAACAGGAACAGGAAGAGAAGAAGAAGGAGAAGAGGGGAGUUGUAGAAUGAAUGAAUGAAGAUUUAAGGAUAUGAGAAAAUCCUAACUUACCUUUUUACGAUAUGCUCUUUGAGCAAAAUAUAUGUAUGCUGUGGG